GGAAAAUUAUCUACUAAUGUCAGUUUUCGUUGAUAACUUUUCUUGCAAACACCUUAAUAGGCUGGGUCGUCAAAAUGAUUUCCAUCAGAUCAACCUUCAACAUGCAGAAGAUUGAAUUAGAAAAGCUGAAUAACUUGGAAACAGAAAUUGACGUUGCCUUUGGUGGAAACAACACUGCAGGAUUUUUGCAAUGUGUUACAAAACUGGAUAGAUUGACUACAAAUGAAACAGGCACGGGGAAUCAUUAUCACAAGCUAUCUCUUGCAAUCGAUUUGCUAUCUAAGGCCUCUAGACUUUCUGUAUUACCGGCGGGACUGGUGUUCUCAAUAUCAAUGGCAGCCAUUUUAAAGCAACUUGGAACAACUCUCAUAACCCCUGCUUUCCCUUCAGGGAGGGAUAAGAUAUACACAGCAUUGCUGCACUACCAAGAUUCAGAGCUUAAUGCAGAAGCGGUAGGUUUGAAAGAUUUGCUUUUCACUACACAUGCCUAUUUGAACGAGAUCAGCGACCGAACCAAUGAAACUCUUGUACUUAAACUAGAGGACAGGUUUCCCACCAGUAAAACCGUGAUGUUCUUAGGAAACUUAAAAGCUAAGACGUAUGAACUACUGACACAGCCUGAUAUACCGUCUGCUGAACGAGCAACAGUCUACAUCAAUCUUUAUUUUCAACUGGCAAAUCUGCGCACUCUUGUCUUGUGGCAAGUUUUCUGCAUCAAGCUGCGAAGUGGCUAUGAUCAACCAAGUACUCAAGGAGUUCUUGCAAUAAUAAAUGAAAACACUAGAGACGAGCUCGUUGCAAGCAACGAUUAGGUUUUCCGUCGUAGCUGCGUCAUACUUGUGACGUAUUACAAAAAAUUGAUAGCUGACCAUAGUACAAUAUUAGAUGUGUAAACACUGAGAAACAAAGUAUUAUAUUUCUGUGACCGCGUAGAUUUUACGGUGAUAGAGAAUUCGUCUGGAUCUGCAUCGGUCGUGUGCAGUACGAACCGGGUGAGGGAAUGUUGGCGUAAAGUGUAAAAGGUAUAAGGUUGUGGCGCGCUGUGGGCCGUAAGCUAAAACGAAGGGUAGGUCUGCCGUAUUCCCGAAGGUCCACCAGUUUACAGUUCCACAGAAAUAAACAGGCAAUUGAUGCAGGAUUCCACAUUAUUGGACGAGACUCAACGAUGGCAACAUUAUAACAAUUUAACAGACAGACAUGUUACAAGCAAGUCGGAUAUGGCCAGUAGUGGCCUCCGGACUCAAGACUCUGGGAGAGUCGGACGUGGACGGGGCUGGCCGCCGUAUUCCAGACUGCGCAUUGACAAUUGUACAUAACUAUUUAUAAGAAUCUUAACAAUGAGUAUAAAUUGACAGGUAAUGAUAUAAGUAAGCUGAGUGAAAGGUUCACAGAUAUAAAAUAAUUAAAUAAACUCAAUGAGUCUUUGAUGUCCAAGAAAUGAAAAUCUGAUAAUUUCACAAUGUUGUUUUGAGAGAUUAACUGUCCUUGAGACAUGACACUCUGUCUCUUUGAAAUCACAUAUAAAGUCUGAAAAGUGUCAAUCACUAAAUAAAAAAGUAACUUUGUAAAAAAUAAACUGUGAGAAAAAAUUACGAAACAGAUGUUGAAUUUUACAAGUAAAGUAAAAAAAAAUUAUAAUUGAACAGUGCAUUUUGCACGAUGAUACUACAUGUUUAUAAGCAAAUACAGAUCUUAACACGUUGUCUCUAGUUUGAUUCGCCGCAUUUUAUUCACAGAGUGGGACUGUGGUUAUGCCCGGUACGAAGGUAAAAAGACCAUUGGCAAACGUUUUACACGCAUUUUUACCGAACGCAAGCGCCAAUGAAUCUCUUAGUAUAUAUGCGGAGAUCCUGGAAAUUUUACAGGGGGUUUUGAAGAAUAAUUUUGUAUUUCGAGGAGGGGGAACAUGCGCGGAUCAGAAAAUUUUUCCGGGGUGGGGGUUGAAAAGUCAGACGGUUAUUUGAGUUUGCCAAGGGAUGUCCGAGGCAUAUUUGG